AUGAAGCAAGUGUUGCAAAAGAUGGAUGCAUCUGGACGAAUGCUGAAGUGGGCCGUGGAGCUCAAUAUGUUUGAUUUAUCAUUUGAGCCCAGAAAAGCAGUAAAGGGGCAAGCUUUGGCAGACUUCAUUGUAGAGCUUACUCGACCUACAGUAGAGCCCGUCCAGGAUCCAGCAGAAGGGAAACGACAUUGGACUCUGAUGGUGGAUGGAUCGUCAACAGCCAAUGGUUGUGGAGCUGGGAUCAUCUCCCAGUCACCAGAGGGGGACAAAGUUGAGUAUGCUAUGAAAUUUCAAUUCCAGGCUUCAAACAAUGAAGCAGAGUAUGAAGCUCUCUUAGCCGGCAUCAAAAUGUUCAAGGCGGCCGGAGCCCUGGAAAUUGAAGCAAAAACGAACUCUCUGUUGGUGGUCAGCCAAGUCAAUGGAGAUUUUGAAUGCAAGGAAGCAACUAUGAGCAAGUACAUGAAUCUGAUCAAGGAAGAAAUCAAUUCAUUAAAGCGAUUUGUGCUCGACCAAGUACCAAGGUCAGAAAAUCAUCAAGCAGAUGCCCUUUCCAAACUAGCCAGCUCGGCUGAAGGAGAUAGGCCAAGAACUGUGUUUUGGGAAGUCAAGUCGGCCAAGAGCAUUGAUUUGCAAGAGGUCUUGUUCCUCAGUCGGGAAAACGAAUGGAUGAGCCCCAUCAUCGAGUAUAAGAAGACAGGACGGCUGCCCCUUGAUCCCCUGGAAGCUAAAAAGGAUGGAUUGGAAGUCCUAAAAGAGCUGCAUGAGGGAGUUUGUGCCUCUCACAUUGGGGGGAGGGCGUUAGGAGAAAAAGCUCUAAGGACUAGCUAUUUUUGGCCGACCUUGAAGGAGGACGCCUUGCUUUAUGCCAAAAGAUGUGAUAGUUGUCAAAGGCAUGGCAACGUCUAUCAGAAGCCGUCCAACUACUUAACUCCAGUCCUUUUUCUUCUUCCCUUUGCCAAAUGGGGACUGGAUAUUCUUGGUCGUUUUCUUAUAGCAACCGGCCAGAAAAAGUUUGUGAUAGUAGCUGUCGACUACUUCACCAAAUGGGUGGAAGCUGAAGCUAUGAGAGGAAUUACCACCAAUGAUGUCAAAGGGUUCGUCUGGAAGAAUCUUAUCACAAGGUUUGGAAUCAAAAAGAAGCUGGAUAACGCAAGAGGGUUAUGGGUUGAAAAGUUACAUUUGGUUUUAUGGUCAAUUAAAACAACGGCCAAGAACUCAACUGGAGAAACUCCAUUCAUGAUUGUCUAUGGCUCAGAGGAUGUUCUCCCUAUUGAGGUUGAGGAGCCAACUCUGCGAGUCAUGAUGUACUCAGAGGAGGCUAACUGGGCUGCUCUCCGGACGGCCCUAGAUCUGGUUCCUGAAGUCAGGGGUAAUGCGCUACUAAGGAUGCAACUCUACAAGCUAAGAAUGGCUAGAGAAUUCAACAAAAUAGUAGCUAGGCGGCCAUUGAAAAAAGGAGAUCUCGUCCUGAGGAAAAUGGAAGCAGUGGGCCGAGCCAAGGAGCUGGGCAAGCUCACUCCAAACUGGGAGGGCCCCUACAAAAUCGUCGAAGAAGUUCAAAAUGGCACCUCUCGUCUGGAGGGCAUGGACGCUCUACUUCUCUCCUACGACUGUCUCUCUGUUUGA